AAUCGGUCUGGCAACCCUGAACUGACAUCUGACACUGACAGAUUAAUUAUAUUUUGGCUUUACAUGUUGUGGAUUUGUUGAUAAUUUUUAAUUUGGGUAGAACUUUAAUAUUAUUAUAACAAAUGGAAGCGUCUACAGCUGCUGAUGCCGAAGAUGAUGAAAUAAUUAAAGAGAUACCUAUAAUUCAUUCCAAGAGACUAGAGGACAACUUGUAUCUUUUUCAAUAUCCACUAAACCACAGCAUAACUACUAAUCAACACAAAAUCAAAUCAUGCUUUUUCAAACCCAAAAACCAAGAAGUCAAACUUGAACUGGGCAUUGAUACUCGUUCUCCGAAUUUCGACACAGGAAGAGCCGAAAUAAUAGCGCACGAGGUAGAUAAGGAGUCAGACAAAACAAAAAAGAAUCCUAAAUUUUUCGAGAAUGAGGUUGUUGACAAGGUUUUCCUUCAAUCAUCCAAAACUGUCCAAGAUGCCAACAGGUAUGCAGUAGCUGUGUACAACGGCAAAGAAGUCCAUCUUACCUCUCUUAGUGGAGUAUUUCAAUUCAGGCCGGUUUUCCCUUAUAUGGAAAAAGGCUUGAAGCGGAAGAAGGAAACAGAUGGUAAUGAGUCUGAUGAAGAACAACCUGGUCCAAGUUCUGCCCAACAAGUAACAGUAAAGUUCAAAUCCAGUGAUGAAAGGUGGAAAAAGUUGGAUGAAACCAGCUAUCAUGCUUUGCAGUCUAAAAAAGCUGAAGAGCCUUGGACGGAGUGUGAAUGGCAUGAAGCAGAUAGCACUUUUAGUUGUGUGGAGAGACUCAAAUUGAUGUCAGACAAUACAGAAGACAUUAGCCAAGCUACUACUUUAGGAGAUUCAGACUAUAUAAGGCUGCUGAUUCCAGAAGACCAGGAACAAACACCUCUAGAACCAGUACUGCCUUCUCACCUGCUCUCUUUGAAUGCCUUGAGAGCUUUGCCCAUUCAAGAAAGAUGUAGGGUAUUAUUAAAAGAUGCGCAAAUAAUAAGAUUCCAGCAGCUUUUGAUGCUUUUAACAGGAGGAGAAAAGACGGCAACAGAUUCGUUAUUGAAAGUUCUUCCGGUCGUAGCAGUUUUAGUCAGAGGCAACUGGGUAGUUAAGUCUGAUGUUCUGUAUCCUGCUAAUACGUUUUCCGCCACCAGUGGAGUCCCAGCAGAAUUGAUGUGCAGGGCCAGAGAUUAUAUUCUGUAUCAAUUCACAAAAAGCCAAUACGUGGAAAGGAAAAAAGUUUCUUCGAUUCUCAAAAUCCCCUCUGAAGAAAUCAAAGAAAUCUUCACAGGCAUUUCAAAACUACGGCGCCACAACAAAGAAUGGGAGCUUCAUCUGCCCACGGACCAAGAUUUCAUCAACAAGCACGGCGAUAUCGUGCAGAAGCAGAACCUGAUGUGGGAGCACCGCUUCCACCAACUUAGCCAGUUUUUGAAAGACAACAUGAGCCAAAGGCGGAAGAGCAGAAGUGAGAGUAAGAGUGUCAGUGAGGAUGGGAAAGUGAGGAAUAGUUUGAGUUUUAGUUCUGACAAUGAGUCUGAUAAAGGAAAGGGCGUCGGGAAGAAAAAUAAAGGUGGUAAAAGUGGUAGUAAUCAAGCAACAACGUCGAAUUCAUGAUGAACAAGUACGAAUCGUGAUAUUUAAAAGAUUUUGAAUCAUUGGGAUGAAAUAUUACCACACGUGGUGGAUUAAUCUAUAUGCUGUGCAUUCUAUAGAAACGAAAGCCACUAUAAUAUUAAGAUCAAAUAGAGCAGCAUGGAGAGGGUUGGUGACACAUUAGAAAGAAAGAAAAACUAAUUAGUUAUCUUUUUAUAACUGUUUUUGAUACUAGCAUUUAAGGAUGUCAUUGAAAAUUGUUCAAAUUCUGCUCUUUUUAAAACUGUUUGGAUGCAUAAUAAAAUAUCUCAAUGCCAUUGAACAUUUCUUUAUGCUUUUACACAAAUACCAUAUCGAUGGCUUAAUGUGAAAACCUCGUAUCUCCUUUUACAGGGGAGACUUUAAACUGAAUUUUUGCAUACUCUAACUUAAAAACUAAAAACCAUAUUUGCGUAUUUUUGAUUCUGAGCACAUUUAGAUCGUUACACAUACAUUUUUCUCAUAUAUUUUAGGUUAGAAUAUACAGGAAAGUAAUAUAGGCAGUAUGGAAGGCUCUCUCCAUGAUACUACAAAUAACAAGAUAGUAGCUUCGUUCGCGGUAACGAUUUUGGACAUGUCCAGGACUAGUUACGAAUUAUCUUAGUACUCGGGUUGUACGCAAGCGCGGUUCAGAAUUAGUUCAAGAUUGAUUUACACCGCGAACGAAUUUAGAACUAGUCCAUAACACUAUAUAACCUAGUUUUUAUGUAUCCAUCUUAUUUUGAUGAAUUUGUUAUUUUAAUUCAGAUUUGCAUGGACAUUUUACUAGAUCAGAUCAACCAGAUAUAUGUUUAUAGCAUGAAUAGGCAUGGUUUAAUGAAAUCUUUUAUUGUUAUUAAAAGUGUUAGUGGCUGGAAUAAGCUACGAGACCAUAUUAAAACAUUCUCCAAAUAUUUUUUCUAAGAAAAAAAUUUGUGACUGGUUACUGGUAUUGUAUAAUUUUUAUUAAUUACAUGGAGUAUUUUUAAUAUUUCUAAUACCUCCAUAUUUUAAUAAUAACGUCCAUAUUAUGUAUUGUUUAUCAGUAUUACAGUACAACAGAUAUCCCGUGAAAUAAAGUUGUCACUGCGCCGAAACAAAUUUGAAAAUGGGGGUGAAGCAAAACCAUUCGUGAGUAGACGUUACAGAACGAUCUCCUCAGAAUUUUUACAGUGUUGCAUUGUUUCUUUUACUCGCAGUAUUUAAAUUUGAUUUUAUUUUUUUUUCGUUUUUUUUUAUUGUUGUUAUUCUACGUUUUGCAUUUGUAUAUUCUUUUAACAUUACUUUACACAAUCAAAGAAAAUGAUCAAAAGCUAUCAAAAUGUCCGAUUGUUUUAGUCAUUGUAUGUUGACCAGUAAUGAUUCUUGGUCAACAUAAAACGACUAAAACAAUCGGACAUUGCUAGCUUUUGAUCAUUUUCUUUGAUUAUAUAAAGUAAUGUUCAAAUCAGUUAGGCCACUCUGGCUCUCAUGGCCUUAAUUGUAGCAUGGAGCUUAAAAUUAAAUUAUCCGGACGACCUGUUAAUAGUCAAAGUCGAGAAAUGAAUGCUAAUAUGUUAGCCUUCAUGAAAAAGGAAGCUGAAGAAGGUGUCACAAUACCUCAUCAUAGCAUAAAAGAGCGUGUGGUAGACGCGACAGGUGUUUCCAAAAGUACAAUAAUCUGUAGAGUCUCAGUUAAACUAAAAUUGAACAAGUUAUGUCUUAUAGAAAGUAGUAAACAAAUACCUAUACCAUAUUUUAUAUGGUACCCAUAGCAGCUUCUUUAUGCUGGCACUAAUGGAAUAUAUGUAAUUGCAGGACAAUGCUCCUCGUUUUCCUCUACAAGAAAACAUUGUAACAGAAAAAAGAAGCAAACUUUUGAAGACAUUGACAAAGAGGUGUUAAGGCGUAUUAUUCAUAUUUGCAUACGAGCGAUACAUCAGUAUCGCUCGUAUCGAUACUAAGUAUCGAUACGAGAAGUACCUCAGCUAAAAAAUAUUCUGUCUAAAUUCAGAGAUGGUUGAGGCGAACAAGGUGGUUUUUAAGAAAUUUUAAAAGAUUAAUUAUAAGAGACACUGGUUUCCGUUGGAGAAAAUCAAAAACAAAUCGAAGACUUCUAAUGGAAAGAUAUGACAUCAAUAAGCUUCGUACCUAUACACUAUUUAAGAGCUGUUAAUAAGUACAGAGAAGAAGAUCGCCCUGUAGUGUAUAUGGAUGAAACAUACAUUCACUCAACACAAACAACGUUACUCAUUAAUGCUAUUAUUGUUUCAGAAUUUUCAGUAAUAUUUUACAAUAGAUAAUGUUAUACAUACCUUUUAAAUGAAAUAAAAUAAUUUUGCCGAAUUUUUUACUGUUAUAUUAAAAUGAAUUUAAAAUAUUAAAAUGAUAGUAAAAAUCAUAUAAUUAUUGCGUUAUUUAACUAUUUAUUUUGAAACGUUAAAUACUUAUCAAUAAUACAGUUUUCCAAUUAGGAUCUUUUAAAAUUAAAGUGCUUUCCUUUUAUUCUAUACAAUCUUUUAAAAAUUUCUUACUUGAUUAUGAAUCUACACGUCCUGCAGAGUGUCAAUUAUUUAAAACUCAUUUCUUUAGAUAUUAUACUAAAAAUACCCAAUAUUACUGUGGUCAUUUACAUAUUGACAACAUUGCGGUACCAACAAAGCGGUAAUAUUCGGGUAAAUUUCAUCUUUUUCUGAUCGAAGGCUUUCUUUAUCUGCGCAGUACAAGCCCCGCCCAUUUCACGAGAUCCCUGUUCACCAGUAUAUUAGGGUAUCCUCGUCUAAUAAAUAUUUCAUAGAUAUGUUAUUUUAUUCAUUUUUUCAAGUAGUGCAUUUUAAAUUACAUUGGUUAUUUUUGUAUCACAAAUAUAAUAAAUAUUUCACUUUAAAGAGACACACAGUAUUUAGUACAUACCUACCUUCAUAUUAAAAAAUGUUUUAUCUGUUUAUGAUCAUAUUACUGUAAAAAUUAUACAUCAAAGUACGUAAAAAAUAUUUUAUUGACAAUCACAAUCAAUUUUCUAAACUUUUGAGUCAAAACCACAGUAUUAAAAACAAAUGAAAUAAAAACAGAACGAAAACCGCUACAAAUCCGAUGUUUAAAGCACAAAACAUUAUAGAAAUGUUUGUAAGUAUUUUGAAAUUCCUACUGCGCAUAUUCGGACUCCUAGUUCUCUUCAGGUCCCAAGGAUCGGUUGGACUGGUUCCGAACUCGCAGUUCAUUUACAGCGAACGACAAAUCUGACAAAAUCUCGGACUAGCAGUUCACAACUCGAUUACCGCGAACGCUCUUUUUUAAAGUGCGCAUGCGAAGUAAUCCUGGACUAGUUCAGGAUCGUUACCGCGAACGAUACUAUUGUCCUUUUCAUGAUCAUUUUUCAGUGCGUAACAAAUGAUAGGAAAAAGGGUAAGUCCGUGAUAAUACACAUUUAUGACAUUUAUUCUAACAUGACAUUUUAGUUAAAUCUGACAGUUGUCACAUUUUAUUUUCAGUUUGGAAUAAAAACAAAUCAAAUAUGUUUCUUGCAUUUAUAAAAUGGUAUUUUCUUUGAUUUGUAUAGUCUUAUAAAUUAUACAGAUUAUAUUUGUAAUAUUAUUAUCUAAUUAAAAAAACUAUUAUUUUUAUUAUGGCGCCAUCUAUCGACAACUAGAAUAACUAGAAUAAAUGUUAUAAAUGUCACCGACGAAAUGUAAUCACCGACGUGCCUUUUUUUCUGUCACAUACAAUUUAAUGCGUUAGAAAGAAAUCGAAAAACUGUGACGUACUGAAAGAUGAUCAUGAGAAAAAGAAUAGUGUCUUCCCGUAGCGCAAAUACGUCAGAGUUCGCGCAUCGCAUGACGUAACUGGAGACCGGAAUUUGAAUUCUAGUUGUUAGCUUAUAGUUGAGGCUGUAUCGUCGCCCCGUUAGGUAACAUAUUCCGAUUCGAUUUUGUUGCACAAACUCGCUUAAAAAGAGUUCCUUAUAACAAAUACACAGAGUGCCGGGAGGUGCCGCUGUCGAAAAAUUGUUUAAACAAUUUUUUAAACAAGUUCAAAAAAUCAAUUUUUUCCCUUCGUAUAAUUUUUUUAGAUUCUUUGGGUCAUUAUGAGCCAAAAAGGUCUCCUGUAAUUCUCUAAAAUUGACUCUUGUUGAGUUAUACUCGAUUUAAAAUUUGAAAAACGCGAAAAUGGCCAUUUUCAAGGCUUAAGGAGGGGGUAUGGUUUGAAAUCAACAUAUCAAGCACAUUUUUGUGAAUUUUUUUCGAAACUAUGGUAGAAUUAUUUUAUUUUUAAAUUAAAUAAGCACAUUAAGUACAAUUCAAAGAAUAUUUAAGAAAAAAUUCAAUCCAAAAUAUUGAAAAAUAAGCCAUUGGCGACAAAUUUUGGCAGGCAGCUCAAAAAAAAUGGAUUUUGCGGUAGACAUCAGAACUCAUCACUGGAUUAUACGAAACAAAAAAUUCAAAAAGAUUUUAUUAGCUUAUGAGUUUCACGAGGUAACAACGUCGAGUUUUUUUAUUUUUAAUGAUUUUUGAAUUUUUGGUAUCACUCAAAAGUCAAAAAUACGAAAUUUUGAUAAAAAUUUUGUGAAAACCAACAGAUUUAAUAUUGUUGAACAAAAAAUAAGCACAAAACGAAGAAUAUCUCGACGUUGUUACCUCACGAAAUGUCUAAGAAAAAUCUGUGCAAAAUAUCAGGUAGAUCGGCUAAGUAGUUUUUCAGUUACAAUGUCCACCGCAUUUGAAAAAGCAGUUUUGAGAAAAAUGCGUUUAAGGUUUUGACAACUGCAUCUUCAUCUUCUUAUUUGUCUGCCAAAUCGUAAAGUGAUGAACAUUGGAAUAUGUUUUUUAAAUUGGGGAGUAAUCUACAAAAGAGAAGGCGAACAGUUGUUUAACGUUUCUCACUACGCUCCGGCGUGCUGGCGCGAAGCCGCGGCAAAGCGAGUCGAAGGUAGAGAUAUUCAACACCCUGUAUCUCUGGUAAUUUUACUCCGAUUAUUUUGAAAUGUUCAGAGUAUUUUUGAAAGUAUGCACUUUUAUUUAAAAUAAUAAAAAAAUUUAAAUAUUUCAAACCAUACCCCCUCCUUAAGAACUCGGUUAAAAAUUAUUAUUAUCAAAAUCAAUAGUGACUGAAUCAAAAUUGAAAGCCCCCCUACAGGAUGCUGAAGAAAUUUUGUCAUUAUUUUAUUGGUGAGCUGUUAUUUUUAAUUGUUAACCAUGAGCGCUAAGUGAGGCGGCCGUCAAUGUGAGUGCAAGUGAGAUGCACCAGUAGAUGGCCGGAAUGGUGCAUCUCUUUCGCACUCACUAUUGACGGCCGCCUGUAUGCAGUUAGCGCUCAUUGUUGAUAAUUAAAAAUAACAGCUUAGUAAUAAAAUAAUGACAAAAAUUUCUUCAGGGUCUUGUAGGGUGGACUUUAAACUUUGAUUUGGUCACUUUCUAACUUUCAUAGUAAUAAUUUUUAACUGAGUUAUUAAGAGCAAACAACAAACCUUUUUUAGUAAGUUUUUGCAAAAAAAAAACGAAUCGGAAUAAUUUACCUAACGGGGGCGACCAUACAGCCUGGACUAUACAACCGCGAGCAAUUCAAACUAAUCGGAAAUCAUUGGGACAUUACGAACAAUUACGAACUUGGGUCUCCAGUUACGUCACGACUCCCUGCUCUUCGAGAUGCGCAAUAUAUUAUCUUGUUAUUUAUAGUAUCAUGGCUCGCUCUCUGUCUCUCCUAUGGUAUUACAACUCGAGUCGGAACCUGGUUUCCCCCAGCGUCUGUCACCAAGUAUCUCUGUCCCUGACAGCUCUCCUCCAGUUAUCCGCCCUCAAUAUCUCUUUAGCAUCGUUCUAUCCACCUCUUCCUUGGUCUUCCUACUGACCGACGUCCCACCAUAGUUCCGCUAAACGUUCUACUAGGUGUUCUCUCAUUCUUAUAAGAUUUGUAAUAGUGGUAUACCUUAUCCUCCAUUGUCGCAAAUGGGUUCCAAUAUCCUCCUUGAUAUCUUUCUUUCAAAAGUAUUAAUAAGGUUUAUUGUCUUUUCUGUCAUCAUCAACGUUUCUAUGCCAUAUGUUGCUAUUGGUAGUAUGAUAGUUGGAAGACACUUUGUAGUAAAAUAGUUAUCAAAUAUGGUUUUUGUAUUAAUUUGUUCCUAAAGUUUUAACGGUUUUUAUUUGUGUGGAACUUACUUACUGCUAAAACAGUAACUGCCAAAUAGGAUAAUGAUGCAAAUGUUUUAAAUAUCACUACUAAUUUAUUUAUUAUUAUAUUGUUGAUAUAUAUAUUUUAUACUUGAAUAUAUAUAACCUUGUAAAUAAAUAUUGUGAAAAAUUGUC